AUGGCCACUCUCGCAAGGCCAACAUCUCGAGUUCUUCUGCGGUGUAAGCCGGGCUCGAGGGCGGAUAAAGCCGCAAUCGCGUUCUUGAUAUUCGUUCUCUCUGGGGCCGCACAUGCGGUCGUGGCUUGGAGAACCGCGGAGGGUUCUGAGAUUCGCGACAUCGCAUUUUACGUGGCAAAUUUCGCAGCUGCUGCGGCAGAGGUCUCGGUUUCACGAGCAUUCUGGGGGAGCCAUUGUGGACCCGCGUUACAGAGAGGCAUAUGCCUGCAAGAAUACUGGAUUCUUACAGAUCUCAGACAAGCCAAGAGUGUUCGUCAUAACAACCUUCGCUGUAGAAGAUGCAGCAAACGCCACAAAGCAACGCAAAAGUCUGGCGUCAUGGAAGCUGGUGGCGAAGCUGAGGAAGGGUGCAUGAUCCUAAUGCUUGGCAACACCUGGGCUAUGGAGUAG